AUGAUAAAACGAACAAUUGAAACUCUUGUUGAUGAAGCAAAUGUUGGAUCUGAAACAAAAAAGACGAAACUCACUCAUGAAGUUUUCAAUGAUGAUAUUCUGGGUGAAAUUUUAUCCUUCUAUGAUGAUUUUAAAUUCAUUGUAUUGAAUUGUGCAUUAGUUUCGAAACAGUGGUUGAAUGUCAUAUUGGAAAGAUCAAGACUUUGUUUUCGAUGUUAUAGUAACAAUUUGAAAGGUCGAUUUUUACAAAAUAUUGCAACUUUGGUGGUGAGAUUUGGAACUGUCGAAUUUGAUUAUCAAAUACUUGGUCUGAUGAAACGUUUAUCACAUCUUCGAGCUUGUUUUAAUGAUAUUGGUGUUGAAGGGGCUAAACACAUCAGUCAAUUGAAACAAUUAACUUUUCUUGGAGUGAGUGGUAAUUUUGUUGGAGUGGAAGGAGCCAAAUACAUUAGUCAAUUGAAACAAUUGACAAACCUAGAUAUUUGUUUUAAUAAUAUUGGAGACGAGGGUGCAAAACACAUUAGUGAAUUGAAACAAUUGAAAAAUCUCAAAAUUGGAAACAAUUACAUUGGUGUUGAAGGUGCCAAAUACAUUAGUCAAUUGAAGCAUUUAACCAAGCUUUCUAUUAGUUAUAACAAUGUCAGAGUUGAGGGGGUUAAAUACAUUAGCGAAAUGAAACAAUUAACUGAUCUUAACAUUGGUGAGAAUGUAAUUGGUGAUGAAGGAGCUAAACAUAUUAAGAAAUUGAAUCAAUUGACUAGAUUAAGUAUUUCAGGUGUUGAAAUAAGUGAAGCAGGAGCUAAAUACAUUUGUGAAAUGAAACAAUUAACACAGCUCAAUAUUAAGAAUAAUAACAUUGGCAAAAUAGGCAAGGAAUAUAUCUGUACUGAACUGAAAUAUUUAAUUGAUCUUGAAGUGUACUGA